GCCGUUACUAACCGAGCAACGUUCUUCUUCUUCUUCCCCAAUUUCCUUCAACCAUGAACGAGUUUACCAAAUCACACAGUAAAAUCUAGAAAAAUUCAAUUCCCCAGUAAUAAUCCUCUUAUUUUCUCACUCCUAAAAUAAUAAAUUUUGCGGAAUUCCCCAUGGAUUCAGGCUCGAAGGUUGUAGGAGGAACGACUCCUGUGAAAGAGAGAACCGCCAGAUCGAAAUUAAAUGAUUCCGUGAGAUGCUCUGAGAAUUUGAAUCCAAAUGUAUCAAGUCCUGGAUUGAAAUUCUCGAAUUCUCCAUCGAUCAUCAAAUCUGACAAGAGCGCCAGAAAAUCUGCUUCCGGAAAUCCGAGACCUAGCCAAUUGAUUUUGGCUUCGCCUUCGCCGAAGAAGAAGAUUCGAGAGAGGAAGUUCGUGAUAGCCAAGAAGAAAUCGAGGAACGCGGAACUCAAUUCUUCUUCGGCGGCGGAUGCUGCCGCGGUGUGCGGCAAGUGUGCGAAGGCGACUGGGAAAUCAUCCAAGUGUUUGUGCGUGGCGUACGAGAGUCUGCGUGCUUCUCAAGAUGAUUUUUUUAAGAAUCGAGGUGAAGCGGAGGAUGAGAUGUUCGAUCAGCUGAAGGUGUUUGAUGUGGUCGCUGAGAAGGAAGUGGCGAAACCUGAGAUUGACAAAGGAUUGGAAAGGAAAAUUAAAGACGAAUCAGAUGAGACUGCGGUGAAGAGGAAUAGGGAUAUUCUGUCGGAAGAAGCGAGAGUGACGGUUCCGAUUCGAGGACCGGGGAAAGUGAUGAAUUUGGUCAAGGAGUUUGAGAAACUUUCGAUGCUCAAAUUGGGCAAUUCUGAAGAAAAUGAGGUCGAGGAAGUGAAGCAAGAUCUAAAAGCUUCAGAAUUGGAGUAUUCCUCUUCUUCGUUUUGUCCGUCGGAUUUAUUCCUGACAUCAGAAAGCUUAGGUCUCGAUACUCGUCGUUCGUAUUCACUGGACAGCAGCCAGGGAAGCUUUUCAACCAUAACGUCUGCUGGUCAUAAGAAAAUCAGGCGAAAGAGCACCGAGUCAUCUGGGAACCGUAUCAAACGGCACUGGCAAAGAAAGCAGCCCAAAGCAACCUCUCAAAAGCCUUUCAUGCUGAAAACAGAGGAAAGAGGUAGAUCCAAGGAGGAGGAAUUCAUGAAGAAGUUGCAACAAAUGCUAGAGGAAGAAGAGAAGAUGAGGAUACCUAUAGCUCAAGGUCUUCCUUGGACAACAGACGAACCAGAGUGUCUGGUGAAGCCUCAAGUUAAGGAAAACACAAGACCAGUCGAUCUGGUAUUGUACAGUGAUAUGAGGGCUGUUGAACGCUCCGAGUUUGAUCACCAGGUUGCCAUGAAAAUGAACCUAAUCAAACAGUACCGGAUGGAAAGAGAGAGACAGCAAAAGCUGGCAGAAGAAGAAGAAAUUAGGAGACUGAGGAAGGUGCUGGUUCCGAAAGCUCAACCCCUGCCGUAUUUUGAUAGGCCAUUCGUCCCCAAAAGAUCUAUGAAGCAGCCGACCGUACCAAAAGAACCGAAGUUCCAUAUACCUCAACAGAAGAAGAUCAAAUGUAACUUGUCUUUGGAUGAUGAUUUAUACUACACACAACAACAACAACAAUGAAGUAUUGUGGAUGGUGUAGUGAAUAAUAUUUACUUGCAUCGUUUUUUAGGCGAUUUCUUCCCAUUCUUUUGAUUUGUAUAUGUUGCAAUAAAUUGUGACAUGCUUCUAAUGAAUAUAAUCUUUCCAUAUUCUUUUUA